AUGCCAAACAAAAGGACUCCAAGUCCAAGACUUCGACCAGAAAACGAACACUUUAUGCAACCGUCUUCUGCUCGCACCAAAGAAAAGAGUUGCCGAAAGGGCUCCAAGCCGUCGCGAAGAUCUUCUUUUACUCCUGGAAGUCGACGGUACCACCUAAUGGCGAAGGAAAGUUUGGAGCGAGAAACAUCUUCUAGCUUCGUGUCCACACCUGGUUUCUUCGUGCGGGAGGGAAUGAAGAAUAUCUCCUUGAUGCGACCGCUUCACGAAGGGAUCCCGGUUCUGAAAUUGAGCACCUCUGGCAAAAUGCAGAAGAGAGUGUUGACCCUGAGUUCUUGCCAGCAGACACUUUUCCUGACCCACUCAAAGGUAUCUCCUGAAACAAAGGCAUGCAUGCUUAAAGUUCCAUUUUACACGCCAUCCAGAGGUUUUGGCAAGAAAUAUGCGGGAAAUUACUUGCGCUAUAUAGAUGUCGGUGACUUGGAAGCCUUCUGUGUCGGAGUCGUCAGCAACAAACUUCUUGAAGAAAACAUACAGACCAAACACAUUCCUUCGCUUGUAACAAUCUUCCACCACGAGCAUUUUGGCAAAAGAUAUAUCAACUUAGUCAUUGCAAAUGCAGCGCAUCGAAUGGGGCUGAUAGCUGCUCUGCAACUCAUGAAACGGACAUAUGACGAAUCACAGCAAUGGGUCAGCCGGUCGGUCUUGCUCAUGCGAUACAUUUGGUAUGAUAUUGAUCGAGAUAUCAGUCAGCUCAUAUCAAAGGAGCAAUUUGCCCGAAUAUGUGGUCGAAUUAAUUUGAACGUCAAGGAUGCAAAAGAAGCCUUCAAGGACUUUCGGCAAAGCGAGAAUAUUUCACAGUCAUCUUUGACCUACGGAGAGUGCAUGCGCUUGAUGGAACAUCUGCAAUCAAACAAUGAUGUGACUGACUCGAUUUGGAAACGAAUCUUUGGAAAAGCAAAGUGCCUUUCCGCCAAAAGUCUUUUAGAAUUCUUGCACAAUGUCCAAGAAGAGAGAAACUCUGAUUUGUCCGAUGCAAAGGACUUGAUUGCGAUUCUGAAUCAUAUAGAAAUGUCACCCGACCAUGCCUUGGUAGAUGUGACGAGCAAAGUGGACAAAGCUCGCUUUGCCGAGUACCUGCACAGUUCAUUAAACGAUGCAUUUGAUCCAAGGUAUCAAGAAUUGCCAACAAGAAAGCUCACUAAGCCACUGUCUCAUUACUGGAUCAAUUCAUCACACAAUACAUAUCUUACUGGUGAUCAACUAAAAUCCAAGUCUAGUGUCGAGGCGUACUUGUAUGCUCUACGACGUGGGUGCAAGUGUUUAGAACUAGACUGCUGGAACGGGCCAGAAACAUCAAAGACAGAUGACAAGUUGCGAGUCAAUGUAUAUCAUGGACACACCUUCACCAGCAAAAUUUCGUUUCUGUCCAUCAUUCUUAUGGUCAACAAUUUCUUGAUUUCGAAUCCUGAUUCGUACCCCAUCAUUCUCAGUUUGGAAAUUCACUGUUCUUCCUUGCAUCAGAAUCAUAUGGCGGAAAUACUCAAAAAGACGCUGGGGGGUAAAUUGUUUAUCCCCACACCCGCCUCAAGCAAAGAGGAAAUGCCAAGUCCAGAAAAACUGAAAGGACUUGUACUAAUCAAGGGCAAAUAUCCGCCCGAAUCGGAAGACAUCCAGGGAGAAUUGCGCGAAAACCAAGAUCUUCCAAAUUGUGCUAAGUCGCUACUAGACUUGACGUACUUUCAUGAGACAAAAUUCCACAAGUUUGAUGAUUCCUGCAGUAUGAUUCCAUCUAACAUGCAUUCGAUCGAAGAAUCAAAGAUUACAAAGAUUGCCGAAAAGAGCGCCAAUAGUCCAUUUCUAUGGCGCAAAUACAAUGUGGAUCAUAUGACACGGACUUACCCUGCUGGCAUACGUGUUGACUCGAGCAACUACAAUCCUGUCUUUGCCUGGUCAAUGGGAUGUCAAAUGGUAGCGCUGAACUUCCAAACAAGUGAUGACAAUAUGGCCUUAAAUGAUGGUCGAUUUCGCCAAGAUGGAGGAUGCGGAUACAUUCCGAAACCGAGUUCCGUUAUGAAUGGGAAGAAACCAGGACAAGUGGCCAUUAAGAUUCGAGUGCUGUGUGCUUCCUGCUUGCCAAAGCCGCAUGGGGCGCAAAAAGGGGGGAAAAUUGAUCCAUAUGUCCAAAUGGAGUUACAUGACGUCAAGGUUCGAAAGCGCAAGGAAGAAUACUACACGGUUUCGUACUCAACCAAUUCUAUCCGAGAGAACGGGUACUCUCCUAUCUGGAAAGACGAGGGACGUCAAUUCUUGGUCCACCAUCCAGAUGUAGCCAUGGUACUUUUCAAAGUUAUUGACCAAGAUAUAGUUGGUGGAGACAGCCAGAUUGCUUGUGCUGCGAUUCCUGUGACGUCCUUACGACAAGGUUUUCGUUCUAUCCAGCUGUACCACUUCAACAAUCAUCGAAUUGGUCCUUACAAAAUGGCAACCUUGUUGGUUCAAAUUCAAAAGCUGGAGAAAAGUGAGAAGAGAAAGUUGUAA